AUGGCACACCCAAUCCACGCCGUCGAUCACGUCAACGCCUUUGACCCGGCCGGACUGUCGUCCCAGACGAGCGCCAAGAUCGCCUCCAUCGUCGCGCAGCAGGAGGCCGUACUGCGCUUCCGCAAGUUUGACAGCGACAUUGCGUGGGAGGUGGGUAACGUUGUGCGUGAGACGUUCUUGGCUGCGCGUGCGGCAGGCCGACAUGCCGUGAACAGCGGUAUCGUCAUCCACAUCGAGACGUUUACGGGCCACACGCUGUUUUCGUGUGCGGUCGGGCCGUCGCCUACGGUGGGGCCUGACAACUGGAUCUGGGUGCGGGGCAAGUUUAACGUCGUCAAGCGCUUCAACGUCUCGAGUUUGCGUAAGGGACGCGAGAUUGCGGCCAAUGGUCAGACGCCCGAGCAGAAGGGCCUCAACUUUCCCGAGUUUGCGUGCCAUGGCGGCGCCUUCCCAAUCUGGCUCGCGGGGUGCGAUGUUGCGCCCAUUGGCGCCAUUGUCGUCUCAGGCCUCCCCCAGCUCGAGGACCACCAGCUCAUCAUCGACUCGUUCGCAAAGGCCGACCAGCUGUUCCACGUCUAG